GAAAUGCUGAAGUACAGUAAGAACUGUGAAGGUGCUGAAGACCUCCAGGAAGCACUAACUUCUAUCCUGGGCAUUCUUAAAGCAGUCAAUGAUUCCAUGCACCAAAUAGCCAUCACUGGCUAUGAUGGAAACCUGAAUGAGCUGGGCAAGCUUUUAAUGCAGGGAUCCUUCAGUGUCUGGACUGAUCAUAAGAAAGGUCAUGCAAAGGUGAAAGAUUUGGCACGUUUCAAGCCAAUGCAGAGACACCUCUUCCUCCACGAGAAAGCAGUGCUGUUCUGCAAAAAGCGAGAAGAGAACGGAGAGGGAUAUGAGAAAGCACCUUCUUACAGCUACAAACACUCUCUAAAUAUGGCAGCAGUUGGAAUAACAGAAAACGUCAAAGGUGAUGCAAAAAAAUUUGAAAUCUGGUAUAAUGCAAGGGAAGAAGUUUACAUUAUCCAGGCACCAACCCCUGAAGUUAAAGCCACUUGGGUAAACGAAAUCAGAAAGGUGCUGACAAGCCAAUUGCAGGCAUGCAGAGAAGCAAGUCAGCAUAGGACACUAGAACAGACACAGAGUUUGCCUCUACCUCUCCCAGCAUCAUCUUGUACAAGUCCUUCACGGAACCACAUCAGAAAUACCAAAAAGACGGAGGAGAAAAAAGCUGAUCUCACCAGUCUAGAAGGUUACAGCACUCCAGUAGCACCAAAGUACCCUGAGAAAGGCAAAGCCAACAGUAGGUCUACCUCAGAAUGCUCUGUACUGUCAAAAAAGCGCUUUACACUGCAGAGCUUUACUAGCCUCAAAGGUCAGAAAGCUUCUCCUACCAGUCCUGACAAAAAACCUAAACGGCAUGAAGUAGUGAGUGACCCAACUCCUUUUGGUUUGAGAGGUUGGGCUAAACCAUCCCAUUCUCUGGAUGCAUCUGAAGAGAACGAUGGCUGGUCUAGCGCCGAGGAGCCGCUGAACUCAUCGGAUGCUGAGGAAGAAGGGGGAGGAGGGGGAGGCGAGAUGAAGCUGACUCCUGGUAAAUAUACAGUUGUGACUGAUUAUGAGAAAGGAGUUUCUGAAGAAUUUACAGUGAAAAGUGGAGAUCUAGUUCAACUGAUUCGUGAAGGGGAGGAUGGACUUUGGUAUGUAAAGAACCUGAGCAGUGGUAGAGAAGGCUGGAUCCCAGCAAACAGUCUGCUGAUGCUCAUAGGCAACUCAAAAUCAGCUCAAUCUUUAAGCAGCUCUGCCAAGGCUGACACACUGAAGUGCAUUUAUGAGAAUGGUGGCUGUGAACAGUACUGCACUGAUGAGCAGUUGAAAACACGACUGUGUUUCUGUGAUGAUGACUACACUUUAGCAAGUGAUGGUGUGUCCUGCAUCCCCCAAG